UCCUCCAAAACACGCGUCAUCUAUCUUUUCCUGAUUUACUCCCAAUCAGAGUUUUCCAAAUCAACGGCCUCUCCCACCUCGACCGCACAAAAUUGACGUAAACAUUGAAAAGUUGAGCAAACAUCAAACAAAAUGCUGUUCUCCUUUCCAAGCCCUGAAAAAAUCCUCAAAUGUCUUGUUGUGAUCCUCUUUCUAACUCUGCAUGUCCAGGCCAAGGGCAGUGUCUCGUUGGACACCUACACUUUUGAUAAGCUCAUUUCUAAAUUCAAAGCCACACUCGUAAAAUUUGACAUCGCCUACCCAUACGGAACCAAACACGAUGAGUUUGCAAAGGUUGCCGAAGCCUCUCACCUUCUUCCUGACCUUUUGGUAGCUGACGUCGGAGUAAAAGACUACGGAGACAACGAUAAUAGCGACCUGGCCAAGAAAUAUGACGUGAAGAAAGAGAAUUACCCCGUGGUGAAAUUGUUUGUCCAGGGUAAGGCAGAGCCGAUAGACUUUACUAGCAAAGAUUUCACCGCUGAAGAACUGAAGAAAUUCAUCAGGUCCAACUCAGGCGUCUAUAUUGGACUGCCGGGCUGUUUGGAGAGUUUUGAUGCUUUGGCGACUGAGUUUGUAACUUCUGACGUGGCCAAAAGAAAAACCAUUCUGAGAAAGGCUGAAGACUUGUGGGACACGGCGACAGGCAAAAGCGAACAAAAGGCUGCCGAAAUGUAUGUGAAGACAAUGAGGAAAGUGAUUGAAAAGGGUGACGAAUUCGUAACCAACGAACUGAAGAGGGUGCAAAAUUUAAUGCAGGGAAAAGUGAGCAAUGAUAAAAAACAGGACAUGUCAUAUAGACUGAAUAUCCUCCAGUCAUUCCAGAAAGACGAGCUGUAAAUUGUUAAAAUUCCAUUAGAAACAUCUCUUGAGAACAUUUUUAGCACAAAAAGUUGCAAUUACGAUUUUAUCUUAUUUUUGAUCAUUUAAUGGGUUUUCUCGAAAAUGUAUUCUAAGCUUCCGAGGAGAUACCUUGUUUUCUCCAAUUUUGAUGGACAAAUUUAAAUGUAAUGCACCACAACCUUUUGAGACGUGAUAUCAUUUUUUGUUGUUUGUAUGAUUUCAACAUUUUAAGGAAAGAUGUAUAAUGUGGUUAUAACAUUUUUGUAAAUAAAAAAGCAUUUUCUUGGCAUUA